UUGUCAUUAGAUUCUCACAACAACAGAUUUCGAGUCUUUUUUCAUCAGAAAUUUCUCAAAAACUCUCAAAUCCUUAGAGGAAGCGGGAAAAGCAGCAAUGUCCGGCAGAGGCAAGGGAGGGAAGGGCCUUGGAAAAGGUGGAGCAAAGAGGCACCGUAAGGUUCUGAGGGACAACAUCCAAGGAAUCACGAAGCCGGCGAUUCGGCGGUUGGCCAGACGAGGCGGCGUAAAGCGAAUCAGUGGCUUGAUCUACGAAGAAACUCGCGGCGUUCUUAAGAUCUUCCUCGAGAAUGUCAUCCGCGACGCCGUGACCUACACUGAGCACGCUCGACGGAAGACCGUCACCGCUAUGGAUGUUGUGUACGCUCUCAAGAGGCAAGGUCGUACUCUCUACGGCUUUGGAGGUUAGGUAUUUUAGAACCUAGGGUUUAGAUUUGGGGGAUUUUAUGGUCAUGGUGGACUGUAUGUGGAAACUUUGUGCUGGUUCUGGAUAGAAAUUGUACAAUAUUGUUAGUUUUGUAUGUUUGUUUCAAUCAGUACUGUGCUAAUUGUUUCAAUCUGAAUUUGAAUAUCUGCUUUUGCUUAAUUCGAACCUGGUUUUCGAUUCUAAGUUC